UUUGUCCCUUUGUGCGCACCGUAGAAACAGGAAGUGCAAGAAAAGGCUACAGGACAAUAACAACAAAUUGAAGCGAAUUAAUACAAAAAUAAACCACUGUGACUUAAAAUGGAUAAAAUAAACUCAAAUUCAACGAGUAACGAUUCACGCUGCGUGUUUUUUAAUACAGAUUCAGAAGACUAUCGAUGCGUGGUGAUCUUAACAGUAAAACGAGCCACAGGAACCUUCUCCUUAGUAGGAUGUAUUUUUAUGCUCCUUGUGAUCUGGCUACUUCGCAGAUAUCACUCUUUGGCUCAGAAGAUGAUCCUCAACCUGACUGUAGCUGCCUUCUUCGAUAGCGUAGCAUAUGUCAUGGGGGAUUCACAUCCAAAGGGAUCGCUUUGUGACUUCCAGGCCUGCUGGCUAACUUACUUUGACUGGAGUGCCUUGGCCUGGGUUUGCCUCAUCACAGUGAACCUGUACCUCAACCUGGUCAAAGAAAUCAGCACCAACAGAUAUGAGAAGUUGUACCAUCUGAUGGCAUGGGGGGUGCCUCUAGUCAUGGCCUCUUUGCCGCUGCUAAAGGGAUACUACGGCCCCGCGGGAGCCUGGUGCUGGAUCACAGACGAUCACGUAGCCUGGAGAUUUGGGAUAUGGUACGUGCCGUUGUUCAGCCUCAUCUUCCUGAUGAUCUGCUGCUACGCCCGAAUAAUCUGCGUGGCCAAUGCGAGGAUGCAGUCAUGGUUGGGAACCUUCAACCCGGAGAGAGAGAGACGAAAGGUUUCCUUGGCUGAGGAGAUCAAACCGUUGAAGUGGUAUCCCUCCGUUUACCUGCUGGUGUCCACCUUUCCCCUCAUCAACAGACUCCAUAAUGCCUUCUACCCACUGGAUCCAUCCUUUUCGCUCACCCUGUUGCAUGUCCUGUCAGCACCACUCCACGGCUUGGCGAAUGCCUUUGUCUUUAGCCUGGACAGGGAUUGGUGGAGCCUACUGAGCCCUACUGGCAUGCAGCUGGCUCUGCAGUCACGGCUGUGUGACAGGACUCUGAUUGGAGAGUACCACCCCGGGGCGGUGCGCUACACACAGGCUGACCUGGUCGACCUCAGCGAUGACGAUGACGACGAUGACACCAACGUGCUCUUCUACUCCCCCGACAUGACCCUGAAAGACCGAGGGCCCUGAGAGAGAGCCGGAGAGAGGGAGAGAGAGAGAGAGAGAUAGAGGGAAGAGCUGGAGGAUAGGAGCAUGAACGAGGGUCACAGCCAGAGAGAGACGCAGCGGAUUAGAAACUGAGAGAGAGGAACAAGAGGUAGGGAGGGAAUGAAAGGGAAGAUUGGGGGGACAGUAAGGCAGAUAGGAGGCGGAGAUGAGCUGUCAGGUUCCAUUAUUAAUCCCCAUCCUUUACUAUUUAAUAUCCUAAAGACACACACACACACACACACACACACACACACACACACACACACACACACACACACACAGCGAGUAGAGCUGCAGCUCCCUGCUAUACUACUAUGGGAGAGGAGAAGGGAUCGGCUUUAAAGAUCCUCCUAAUGUCAAAGGCAUCUGCUGCAUCCCAAAGGUUUUAAAACAAUUUCCCCUCUCUGCACUGCCUCCUAGACUCCUGCAUUCUGCAGUGUUUUGGCAUACUGCAAAAGUGAACGGGAGGGGGGGGGGGGGGACGACUGAAAGGCAAUCAUAACAAGGUGUUAGUUUAGCAUUCACAGCAAUUACCUUUUCACUUCUCUGCAGGGGAUGAAGUGAAAGCAGGCCUUUUAGAAAGCACCCUGUGUGUCAGAAGUGAAAGAAUAUAUGCUGAGAUUGAUUCUGGUUCUGAACAGUUUUCUUCCUGAUAGGGGCAGGGUGGGGUACAGCGAAAAAAAGGAUUAAAAAAAAACAGUGAGGAUGACUUGGUAGGGCAAGUAAGUCUCACAGGAGCCUCUCCUUCUACAGACAGUUCCUCUGUUUUUCUCCUUGCAGAUGACAUUAUUGUUGUUGCAACUUUCACACAAGUAUUACUUGGAACGGUUGUUUUGUAUUUUAAAGAAAUUCUACAUGUGUUUGUUAUACUGUAUUUAUCACUGUACCAUAUAUAUUUAAGUGUACACUCUAUUUUUGUACGUGCUCGGACUGGAAUGUGUCCAAACCUGCUGCUCUUUAAAGUUGAAAUGCAUAUAGCCUUAUGGACAACAAAACACGUAUUGUUAAUCAGUCAACACAAACACACACGCACACAUGCUCUCUCUAUGGUGCCUGUCAAAACAGGUCCAAAACGAGACACACACACGCAUGCCAUAGCAACAGCCUUUGAUGGUUCAUCACCUCGUGGCCCUUGUCUGGGGUGCUGAGGUGUGAUUGGCAGGAUAAUGGAGUCGCUUUAUAUUCAACCUCAGCCCAUUUGGUAUUUCCACACAUCGUGGUGGUUUCAUCACUGUCGGUGCGAGCUGCCGGCUGUCAGCUGCCUCUCUGACAAGUUGAACUAAUGAACCCACACUUGACCCUUUUUACCCUUGGGUUUUUGAACUUUUCUGCUCGGCGUCAAUGACACCAGAGUGCAACUUUAGAUUGCAGUUUAGAAGAAGAAGAAGAAGACAUACUUUUAUUAAUCCCUUACAGGGAAAUUGUUUUACAGAGCCCCAUCACUGUAACACACACACACACACACACACACACACACACACACACACACACACACACACACACACACACACACACACACACACACACACACACACACACACACACACACACACACACACACACACACACACACACACACACACACACAAUGUGCCCAUACCCCAUUUUAGGCACUGUUGCCGGUUUUACUUGACUGUGCACUCCAUCAAAUAAAUGAGCAGGAGAGACAUUUCAUAACAAA